UUGGUUUCUUGGUUGUGCUUUCGUUUGGUCUUGCUUUUGCUUUGGUUUGGCGUUUUUAGCUUAUGGCCGGGACCUCGGCCCCUGGGCCGCAGCUCCCGCGGCCGACGAAGGGAAUCACCAAAGCGAUCAUCUCUGCGGCGAGCAGACCCACGGCUUUGGACUCCAGGCACCGACCAAAGCCGCUCAUUGACAUUGAGGGCACGACGCUGAUCUCUCAUGUGCUGCGCCAAUUGUACAGGGGUGGUAUCACCCACAUCGUGUUUGUGGUGUCACACAACGGUGCCGCCAUCAUCGAGGAGCUGGAGAGGUGCCGGGGGAACCUGCGGAACCUGGAGCUCGAGGUGGUUGACCUUGGGAAAGACUACGCAGGCUUCUACGCGGUGUCCUUGCUGAAAGCCUGGGAAUGCUGUGCGACGGACCUGGUGCUGAUCGCAACUGCCGAUCACAUCUUUGAUGAGAGCUUGGUCGCUGACAUUUGCAGAGUUCCGCUCUGCCCGAGGGAGCUCUGCGUUCUGGUGGACUUCUCUAGGGAGACCUGGACGGGUCUACCAGCGACCACGGUGGGGGUGCAGUGCUCCGAGGACCUGCACAAAGUUUGUGAGCUUUCCAGAGCCUUGGGCGAGCCAAUGGUGAAAGGCGUUCCGCGGCUCCCUUGCGUGGGAGUGGAGGCUGGGCUGUUUGCCUGCACCAGCUCAAUUUUCGAGAGGCUCUCCACUUUGGCAAAGUCCGGCGAGUAUUUCACCAUCACAGAUGCCAUCCAGGAGUUGGCUAGCGAAGGCCUGGUGUCCAGCAUGCCCACCCGGGGCAGGAAUUGGCUGGCUAUUGAGACCAUUACCGAGCUGCAGGAGUCCCGAUCCAGGCUGCAGGGCCGGGCGGACACUCCGGGUCACACGCCGUCCUUGGAGGAUCCGCUGCCGGCCAUCUUCCUCGCGGAGGGCCCCAUGUCCACCUGACAGAGCCUGCGUUGAACAGGCGAGGUUGAACCACUUGCUUAGAUCCCAUGUAGACUAUGUCUUGCACGUUCACCGUGCCCUAGAUGUCCAAAGGCCGCGGGACAUAUCCCGUAAGCAAGUUCUGGUGUUUGCCUUGGCAAAGGCCCUUGGUCUUCCCGACUUCCAAGGUGCUUCAAAGUCAAGCCCCUUUUUGUUGCAGA